AUGGUCAGGCAGAGAGGAAAAGAGAGGGAAGAGAACUACCAUAAGAAGAAAGGUUUGAUAGGUCAACCGUGUUAUGUCAAGUACUAUGGCCCAAGAAGAGAUCGCCAAACCAGAUGGGUUCCUGCAAUAGUUUUUCAAAGAUUAGGUCGAAGACAUUUAUUGGUAAAAUCGAUCCCACAUGGUCUUCUAUGGAAACGAAACGUAGAGCAAAUUUGUCCUAAAUACGGUGCCAACCAAGAUGGCGACCCAGGGGAGAUCACUGCGACCCAGUCCCAAUUUGACUCAAGGCAUUCAAUCGUCAAACCUACCACGCCUGAAAGUAGUCAAGUGUUUUUCAACCCGAUAUCUCUGCCUAGAAGAUCGGAUCGUAUACGCUAUAAGUUUGCCCACAAACUUUAG